GCAACACAAUAAACACCUUGGACGUACUUCGGGUGCAUCAAGGAAGACAUUAUCUUGACCAUUACUUCGGCGUAUUAUGAGCGAAGAAACCUGCGCGAAUCCCCUGCUGCUGGGGUGGAUAAAGGAAUGGCUGGAUCAAGCGAGAGAGCGGAAUAGCAAAGGGUUUACGGUGUACAAAAAAGCGUAUGAGUCGAUGAAAGCAUGUCCGCUGGUUUUCGAACAUCCAUCUGAAGCUCAGCAGUUGAAUGGACUCGGGCCGAAGCUUUGUGACCGGUUGACGGACAAACUGAAGGAGUACUGUACGCAGAAUGGGCUUCCUGAACCUGAACUGCCUCAUAAGAACAGCAAAAGGCCCCCCGGCGAAGGCCUACACGAAGACCAACCCGCAAAGAAACCACGCAAACAAAAGGCCUACGUCCCAGCUUUACGAUCAGGUCCAUACGCCCUACUACUGGGUUUGGGGACCCUUAACGAGAAUGCGUCCCAGAGUAUGACGAAAGCGCAGUUGAUCGAAGUGGCGCAGCCAUACUGUGACAGCUCGUUCACGGUCCCGCCCGAUCCCACCAAAUUCUACACUGCUUGGAACUCGAUGAAGACGUUGGUCCAAAAGGAUCUGGUCUAUGAGCAUGGACGGCCUUUGAGAAAGUAUGCGCUUACGGAGGAGGGGUGGGAGGUUGCGAAGAGGAUCCAGAAGACUUUGCCGGGGGCAGGGCAAUCAACGUUGUCUUUUGAGGGAACUAAUGAACGAGCAAGUGCUGGCCCCUCAAAACCCAGACUCCAACGAGCCCCAUCAGCACUCACCGAUGUCGACAUCGACAUCCAAGCACCCCCAUCACAACACCCCAGCGCCAUCCCCGAAACCCUAAACGAAAACCAAGAAGACCAAACCCCAUACACACUAGGAAUGGGCGCCUCAGACGGCUCUAACAUAGCCCCCACCCCCCUGGCUCCCAAAUCCUUCACAAUCCAACUAAUCCUCGACACCCGUGAGGUCCGCUCCUCCAAAGACCGCGACUACAUCUCCAACGAACUCACUAAGCGAGGCGUCACCCCUAUAGUCCGCGCCCUGGAACUUGGUGAUGCGAUGUGGGUAGCCAAAGUCCACGAUCCGAGUAUAUUAUCCCGACACGGCGAAGAAAACGCCAACGACGAGAUCAUGCUAGACUGGAUCGUGGAACGGAAACGUCUCGAUGAUCUCGUCGGCUCAAUAAAAGAUGGUCGCUUCCACGAGCAGAAAUUCCGACUCCGUCGGUCAGGCAUAAAAAACGUAAUAUACCUCAUCGAAGAAUUCACAGUCACACAGGAUAGCGCAAUGGCAUCGAAAUACCACGAAAUGGUUGCCUCAGCAAUCGCAACAACACAAGUCGUCAACGGCUACUUUGUCAAGAAAACGCGGGAUCUGGACGAUACAAUUCGCUACUUAACACGCAUGACCUUCUUGUUACAGAAAAUGUACGACGACUCGACAAACACACUUUCCUUCCUGCCUACUUCUCAAAUUUCCUCGUCGCAGGCAUAUCUCUCCGCACUGGAGCGGUUACGACCUCAGAACCCUUCGACGACAUACGGCGUGACGUUCUCUACUUUCUCGGCGCUGAGUUCGAAAUCAGAUGUACUCGCUCUUCGUGAUGUUUUUCUGAAGAUGCUCAUGUGUAUCCGCGGGGUGACUGGUGACAAGGCACUCGAGAUCCAGAGACGCUGGCGCACGCCUAGGGAGUUAGUGGAGGCCUUCCAGGCUUUGGAUCCGAGAGAUAGAGAGGAUAUGGUUGCAGAGGAAAUGAAGGGGAUGGUAGGGAGGAAGAAGAUUAUGAAGGCGUUGAGUAAGAAGAUUGCGGAGGUUUGGGGGGAGUUGGGUUGAUUGGUAUUGUUUUGUGUUGGUGUCUGGUAUUUUAUGAUUGGGAUGGCCAUUCUUGAACUUUAUGUAUUGGUAUAGUUGUUAUUGCGC